AAUAACAAUUUCCUUCUUAUAUUAAAUUAACUCCUAAAAAACCCCUUGAAUGGGCACUUAAACGUUCGAAUCACAUUAAAAAUGUUGUCGACCGAAGAGACAACAGAGUCAGAAACCCCUUCAGAAUCGGAAACAAGCAGUAACAACACGUCAGAUAUCGAAAUUUCCCAAUAUGCUGCUGAAGUACUCGACUGCAGUUCCCAAUUUGGCCUUGACACGAGCAUCUCCUACACAUCGCAAAACAUUCUCGGACGCCCGUCGCAGUACCCCUCGCACGGCGAUUUCCCCGAAACAUUCGCUUUUCGUACUUACGGCCCUUGGUGGCGCGACUUAUCUUCCUGUCCCGCGGAAUUUCAGGCGCAAAAUCAACCAACGCUCGUCGCUGACGACUUCAUCGUGUUGCAAUUCGAGCAAUGUGUCUUCCCGGAGCACAUUUGGAUCUACGAAACGUACAAUCCGGGCGCCGUAAUUCGGAUAUGGGCUUACACAGUAAUCGAUCAAUGGAGUUUAUUAUAUGAAGCUGAUGCUGCGGAAUGGAUUUCGGAACGCCAUUCGGCUCGUGCAAGGAAAUUUCAACCGAAUAUCAAGAGAAUUUCGUUGCCAACACGAAUUCUGAAGAUCGAAUUCAAGCAUUCAAAGUUGAAUUAUUUCACGGAAAUCGAUGCAGUUGAGAUGGUAGGCAAAAAAUACGUCAAUCCGCAUCGUGUGAAGCAAUUUCCGACAAAAAGACAGUUCAAGGGCCCAAUUCAGAAGAAGUUGGAGCUUCAAAUGGUUCGUUUUAAGCCUCGCGACGACCAAGAUAAGGCAAUUCAGGAGUUUUUUCGGUACGAUUUCAAUCGUUUUGUGCAGGAAGCUGGGCUGGAUCGCCCAAAUCGCGAAGAUUUCCAAGAAAAUUCAUCGUCUGAAGCGAAAGAACUCACCUUAAACACGUUGCCUUACGAAGUAUUGUUCAAAAUAUUGUCAAUGUUGGAUCUGCGAUCAUUAUUUCGCAUCGCGCAGGUCGAUCGAACACUCUUUGAUGUCGCCACAGACCCUCUGCUCUACACAGAAAUCAAUUUGAAACCUUAUUGGCCCGUAACUAACAACGUUUUGCUGCGAUCUCUGUCGAAACGGAUCCGAUUCCUGCGAAAAUUGGACUUGUCGUGGUGCGGAUUGUUCAGUUGCAUCUCCGGAAGUCAAUUUAGAGAUUUCAUUAAAGAACGUGGCUCUUCGCUAACUCACCUUCGUUUGGAUUCCUGCAAAUUCCUCAACGAUUUGUGUCUGAACACAAUUUCGAUGGUUUGUCACAACCUCAAGGAGCUUUCACUUCGUAACUAUUCCAUGGAUGGUCAGGAUUUUUAUCCAUUAGCGCAACUUCGACAUCUGGAGCGUCUCGAUUUGUUUCGGGCGUGCAUCGAAACCGAACCGCUUUGCCAAAUCUUGUCCAGCAAUCGACACUUGAAGCAUUUAAACGUCGGUUUGAGCAGUUUGUUACUCAAUAUGGACGAAAUUGCGAUCCAAAUCGCGCAAACUAACAAGGAAAUGAUCUCGCUCGACUUUUGGAAGUCGCAAUCUCUGACGAAUCAAGGUCUCCGGGCGCUUGCCGAGUGUCACGACCUCGAAGAAGUCGACUUUGGAUGGUGUUUGCGUGAAGAAACGCCGCCAACGGAAAGUCUUUUGGCGUUUUUGAAGAGUUGUCCUCGCCUGAAAAAGCUUUUUCUCACCGCAGUGCGAGGAUUAACGGAUCGCGAUCUCGACAACAUUGGCGUUUAUUGCCCGAAUUUGCAGCAACUUGAUCUCAUGGGCAUUUUCGGGAUCAGUACAGAUGCUGUCGAACGUCUUUUGUCGAAAUGCAAGCGACUUAAACUCCUGGAUCUCAGUUUCUGCAACCAAAUUGACGAAAUAAGGAUCGUUUUGUGGCGCAGCAUCUUCGACGCGAGCAUCAAACGAGACCUAAGUCACAUCGAUCCAUUUCCAUUUUGAUGUAGUUUGUGUCGUCGACGCUUUUAUCGAAUAAAAUUUAGAUAGACAAAAAAAUAUUUUUGAAUUACGAAAAAAAUUAUAGGAAAAAUUUACCAAAAAAAAUGUCAAUAUUUUUAUGACAGAAAAAAAAGAAAUAUAUUUAUUUUAACAUG